GGAAAGAGUCUUCAAGUUCGCCGCGCAUGCGCCAACUCUUUCUUUUCCGGCGGCGACCAUGGCGGGCGAAGAGUGAGUAGCUUUUUCUUCCUCGGUGCAAUCCGUUGCCAUCCGCGAUAUCAAGAAAGCGUUUCCUGGGUUUUGUAUCUCGGCCUUCGCCGCUGAGGGCUCCGUAUUCUGAAGAGGCUUUUGCUGAGCCUUCUUAGCGAGUGUUUUCUCGGGAGACGGAGGGGUUCAUUCAGAGGGAUGCGGCUGGGAACUAGGAAGUGUCCCUCCCUGUUGCAGUGGGGCGCGUUGCGAGGGGUUCAUUUCUGGGGAAUGAGCGGGAAGGCCGCGACCGCCGUUGGCAGCUUCCAGACUCACUUGGUCCCCUCGCUUCAUGCAGGCCGUGCUGGUCUGGUCGUUGGCGUGGCGUGGUUAGGCCUAGCUGUAGCCUUCCGGCACACGCGCUCAGCUCCGCUUGUGGAGGUAGGCCAGAAAAUUCGGAAGCUUUGGCUACUUGGGGAUUUUUGAGCGCUUUUUCUUGCGUAAAGGUAAAGGACCCCUGGUAAUUAAGACCAGUCGCAGGCGACUCUGGGGUUGCGGCGCUCAUUUCGCUUUACAGGCCGAGGGAGCCGGCGUUCGUCCGCAUUUGUCUUGCAUAGUUUGCCCGAAAAAAAAAGCUUUGACCCGCUGUCGCGAUCGUUAGUCGCGAUAACCAAACAUACGCUUGUUGUAUUGGAAGGGUUCCCGAGGGUCAUCUAGUCCAACCCCCCUGCAAGGCAGGAAUCUUCUGCCCAACAUGGGGCUCGAACCCAUGGCCCUAAGAUUACACUAGAAUUAUUUUUAUAGAAACUUUUUUUCCAGGAGUGGGGUGCAAGUAGUUUUGUUUUUAAAAUACCAGCAUUACAAUUUGGGAUUUUAAGGUAAUUUGUAAAUCUCCAAAAAAACCACUCCAGCUUUGCAGGCCACUGCUUUGUUAAACAUGUUUAUAACUACCAACAGUGGUAACAAUGAGUUUCACAUAGCUAUAUCUUAGGAAAUCAAAACUGCUCAAUAUCUGGAAAUUCAGGAAAGCAAUAAACCUAUCUCUGGAGAGAAAAGUUUUAAUAAAGUAAUCUGGUUAAUAUGCAGUGUUCUAUAGCUGCAAUAGUUUUCUACUAACAAGUCUAAAAAGAUAUUGUAUGGCUAUUAGGUUGUUUCUUUUUGUGUGCAGUAUGUAUGAGAAGAAACAUCCAUAUUCAGAUGUAUAUGUCUUUUGCUUUCUAAUGCAGAGCGAAGAAGAAGUUGCCUUCGGUUCCCGAGAGCCUUUUGAAGAAAAGGAAGGCUUUUGCUGAUAUGAAGGCCAAACGUCUGAAAAAGCUGUUGGUCCAAAAGAAGGUGAAUAUAACUUAACAGUCUUGUCCAUAUGCAUGUUACUCAGAAAUAAGCCCUAUUGUGUUUAGUGGAGCAUAUUCCUAGUAUAUGCAGGAUUACAUGCAGCUUUUAUUAAUGGAGUUGUGCUAGAUGCAAUUUGAUGGAAGUGGCUUGUUUUGCCUUGAUACUGUAACAAUGUUCCAUGUCGUAUGUUAAGAGGGGAUACCAUUAAGCUGCAAAAUUGGAUUUUUGUGUGUGACAACUUAGGUAGUUGGCCUGUUAACUUUUUGUGGCUCUAUAAAAUUAGUAGGCAGAUUGAUCUGCCUGCAAAAGGCUUGUAAUAUAUGGAUCAAAAAUUAGUUUUUUAUAUUCUCCACUGCUUAGUGUAUAUGUAGAAACAAUAUUGUCCUCAUUCUGACUUAUUCUUUCCCAUGAGCAGCCGCAGCGCUGGCACCAGAGCCACCUUUCCCUAACAUAUUCAACAUCUUUCACAUAUAUUAGUGAGAUGGUUAUCAGUGACCCUUUUCAUUAUAGAGAUUAUAAACCUCUUAACCAAAUGCCCUUUAUCCAUUCUCUUCUUGCAUCUCAUUGAAGGGGUUCCUUGCCUUAACCAUUCAGUUACAAAACUCACCUCCCCCAGCCUUUGCUCUAUCAAGGCUGGGACCUUGCUCCCCUCUUCUUUAAAAAAGAAAGGCAAGUAAGCAUUCAUUCCAAGCAAGCACCAUCAAAACUAUGUAUGUGCAUGUGUGCACCCAGCAUUUCCAGCAUAGGCUGAUCACACAAAAAACAAACUAUUUGAUAACUAUAGUACUCCGCCCACCUUUGCGCUAUUUCAGGUUAAUAAAGGUAAGGACCAGUGUAGAAUUGUAGUUAGAGUGUCAGACUAGGACUUAAAGAUCCAGGUUCAAAUCCCUACUCAGUUAUGAAGCUCACUAGGCUACUUUCAGUGAGGUUACAUCAGAGCUUUCCAAACUGUGUGUCACGACACAUUAGUGUGUCGAUUGCAGUGUGUAGGUUUGUUGUGCAAACGUUCUCUGCACUGGAAAGGGGUUAGUUUAACCCCUGGUUUGUUAGUAAAACUGAAUUGCUGUGUCGUGAAAUGAUGCAUGUCUAAAAAGUGUGUCACCUACAUGAAAAGUUUGGAAAGCUCUGGGUUGCAUGAUGAGGGUAUCUGAUGCAGAUAACUGCUGAAGCUAAGCGGGUCUCGAGCUGGUCAGUGCCUGGAUAAGAGACCACUUGGAAAAAACUUAAAAUUCCAUGAUGGAAGAAAGCCAUGAUAUAAACGUACUAAAUAAAUGAGGGAGAAUGAUGUAUGUUGUCCUGAUACCCUGAUGGAAGACAGAGAUAAAGAUGCAAUAAAUGUGCAUAUAUUUACUUAUGAAAUGUAAUAAAAUUCUCUUCUGUUUUCAGUUGCGAAUUGCUGAACGAAAAUUAAUCUAUAAAAGGGCUGAGUUAUACCACAAAGAGUACAGGCAGAUGUACCGGCGUGAAAUUCGCAUGGCCCGCAUGGCUCGCAAAGCUGGCAAUUACUAUGUACCUGCUGAACCCAAACUGGCAUUUGUGAUCAGGAUCAGAGGGUAAGAUGAACAAAUGUGUUGUGCUAACCCAUAAAUUAACAGCAGUUGAUCUCACACCCACACUGUAUAUGUAAGGAACAAGACUUCCCCAAAGAAUCCUGGGAACUGUAGUUUGUUAAGGGUGCUGGGGGUUGCAGCUGUUUGAGGGGUAAUCCUUUUUAUGACCUAAGCCUUUGCAGCAGCACUGUCCUUUAUGAGAUAAUUCAAAAAUAACUUGUGUUGAAGCCUCUUUAUUCAGAUUACCCUUGGUUAAAAACGGUUCUAAAGCUGUUCCAUGAGGUUCCAUGAAGUCCAGGUUUCAGAAUAAAUAAAAUAAAAAUAUUUUAAAUGUGUUUGGGGGAGGGGGUGAUAGUGGUUUUUUGUUCCAAAUAUUUGUGCUUUUAUCCUGUAUUUUUAUCUUGUGAACAACCAUGAAAUCUUUGGAUGAAGGGUGGUAUAUUAAUUUAAUACAUGAAUGAUUAAAUAUAAUUUUACUUAACAUUCAAAUUAUACACGUUGGGCCUAAUGCAGAGCAAGGCUUUCAGCCUUAUAUCAGUGUUAAAGCCUAAUUGAUUUCAAAGUGAAAGAGCAUAACUUUUUGCUUUGCAUUUUUAAGUAAUAUCCCACCAGUUUCAGUAUAAUGAGGAAAGCUCCACUGAGCACACUCGGACUUCAUUUUGAGUUAAAAAUGCAUGAGUGCUUUGUUCUGCUUAUGGUCUAGGUCAGGGGUCUGCAACCUUUAAGACAAAAAGAGCCACUUGGACCGAAGAAGAAGAAACUGGGAGCCGCAAAACCAUUGCGACAUUUAAAACAGUGGGGAGUGUCGGGGCACACAGUGCACCUCCUCCCCUCGCUAGUAUCCGCCCCGGAGCCGCGGCAAAGGUGUAAAAGAGCCACAUGCGGCUCCGGAGCCACGGGUUGCUGACCCCUGGUCUAGGUGUAAUUUAGUCACUUAAUUUAUUUUGAUUUCUCCCUGAAGGCCUUCAGACUGUCUAAAAAUUGGUGAUUACUAAUAAAAUAACAUAAUAAAAUAGUUAAUUAAUAGCAUCCAAAGUAGCAUUUAAAAUAAUGGUAUUUUGCAUAUUUAGAUCCCGGUGCUCAAAAGCUGCCAGUGUUCUGCCCCCCCCCCAAAUACCUCGUUUGGGUUUAGUUUGCUACCAACAAUAGUAGCUUUCUGUGAAUAUGAGCACAGCUGAGCCACAAUGGCAGAGGAGUAGCGAUAAAACAGAUGGAAGAGUAUGAAGAAUAAACAUGUCUUGACCUAAAAAAUGAAGUGUAAGAAGAAUAAACAUGUCUUCGCCUGAAAAAUGAAAGGUGGUACAGUUUGCUCCAUGGAAAUUCUGGGGUGGGUGGGGGGAAUCAUUUGUAUAGGUUACUACCACAAUGAAGGCUUCUUGCUUAUCUUGGAUUGCAUAACAGUUGCCACUUUUUCUAAAUGCUCCCUAUUUUGAAGUGGGCAAGGACUGUGUUUUGGUAGGUUUUUUUAAUCCUUUAGUGGACUGUUUGUGUGGGGGGCAAAAUUAUCUUUAAUACUAUCCAUUAAAAAUAAAUGUCAUUGGUAUGUUAAUUGUAAUGUAAGUUCAGCUAUCUGGAGUGUUAACAUGUUUUACUAAUAUGAUGAAAGCUUUCAUUGGAAGUAGCUGGUAGUUAAAUCUGUUUGGAGACCGUACUGAAAAGAAACAUGUUUUACUACACUUUUAGAAUUAAUGGCGUUAGUCCCAAGGUUCGCAAGGUACUGCAGCUUCUUCGCCUGCGUCAAAUUUUCAAUGGCACAUUUGUGAAACUCAACAAAGCAUCCAUUAACAUGCUGAGGAUUGUUGAACCUUACAUUGCAUGGGGGUAAGUUGAAUCUUAAAUUUAGUGGUGUAUAUUGUUCCCUAUAUAUGUUGCCUUCUGCUUGUCUGCAUUGGACGAAGUGGUCUCUACCUCUGCUCCAGAGCAGAAAGUUCUACUCUGCGCUGCAAUCGCAGACUGAGCAUUGCAUCAUACAUAUUUAGAAGGUUGAAGCAUGAGGUUGGCAGCAUUUUUAAAAAUACACUGAUCCAUAGUGUAGCCCAUGUAUGACCAGCUAAUGUCCCACAAGAGGUAUUUCUUUGCAGUUUCACUUGUGUGCAAAAAGUUUUCAUGUGCAUUUCAUAUUACUAUUUUGUAUACCGUACAGAAUGUGUAACAGAAAUAAAUGUACAGUAGACCCUUGGGUUACAUUACUCUUGAGUAGCAUAAACUUUGGGUUGUGAAAGCGACAAACCUGGAAGUAUUUUUCCAGGUUUCGCCGCAUGUGCAGAAGUGGCUCCUCUGGAUACAGAUUUUUCUGAGUGUGCAUGGCCCUCAGAACGAAUUAAAUUCAUAUCCAGAGGGUCCACUGUACCUUCUUCCGUUUACCAAAGUUCUUUCAUGCCUCUUUUCCCUCUUGUCACAUUUUAGACUAAGCCUUUUUGGGCUGGAACUUUAGCUACUUUGUAACGUCUGGAAUUGCAAAGUUUACUGCUAGUAAUCCUGUGAAAGGAUUUUUGUUUGAGGAACUACCUUUGUUAUCUUCUCCAAGUUGAUACCUUCAGACGAGUCUACUGCCAUAAUAUCUUCAUCUUUAUAAUACAUAAGGGGCUAGAUAGUUUUAUCUCUGGACUAAUGUUUGGAGAAGUACAGUAAUUCAUGAUAAUACAGGUGUUGGCUCUUUCUGGCCUAUGUUAUCCAAAGGGCUAUGGACUAGAGUAUAGGUUGGUAAAUGAUACUUUUUCUUGCUGAUGAAAACUUCCAGUGUAGCAUUUCUAUAUAGGAAACCAUACUCUAGUUCUUGCUGAACAACAAAAUUCAAUGUGAUUGUACAGUUAGAAGUAUCACUCCUAUUUGAGAAAGUGUUGUAUUAAAAUAGUGAAUAAUUCCUAUGGUCCUGAAAGUGGUAGUAGUUCCCAGCAACAAAUUCUGGGCCAAAAGAUUUGCCUCCAGGGUACCUGUAGUAGCUCUCCUCCAAUAUAAGCCUGCCUUUUAAGGAUUCACACAGGAUCUUCUGUGCAUUCUAAUGGUAGUAGAAGCAUAGUUGGUUGGGACAUCUUCUAUCCCUUCUGUUGAGAAUGCAGAAAUCCCUGCCUCAAUAAGGCCCCCCCCCCCCGAAAACCCACCAUAUGUCAUUUAUUGAAAACAUUUUUGAUCUGGCAAGCUUUCGGCUUGCAGGGCUAAGUUAUCUUAAUGUGGUUAUAGUAGACUUGUGUUGGAUGCUUUUUCUCUACUUCAUGCUUGUAUUUUACUGACCUAUGUUUGUGUCAGAUCUUUAAUGUGCGUUUUCCAAUUAUGAAGGGACACGGGUGGCGCUGUGGGUUAAACCACAGAGCCUAGGGCUUGCUGAUUAGAAGGUAGGCGGUUUGAAUCCCUGCAACAGGGUGAGCUCCCAUUGUUCGGUUCCUGCUUCUGCCCACCUAGCAGUUCGAAAGCACAUCAAAAUGCAAGUAGAUAAAAAUAGGUACCACUCCGGCGGGAAGGUAAACGGUGUUUCCGUGCGCUGCUCUGGUUUCGCCAGAAGCGGCUUAGUCAUGCUGGCCACAUGACCCAGAAGCUGUACGCCGGCUCCCUCGGCCAAUAAAGCGAGAUGAGUGCUGCAACCCCCGAGUUGUCCGCAACUGGACCUAAUGGUCAGGGGUCCCUUUACCUUCACCUUCCAAUUAUGACUCUAACUUAAAUAUUGUACGUUGUGCUUUGUAUUGUGAUUGCAAUAGAAGACGAUGGUAGAAAUUUAGUUAAAAGACACAUAAUAUAAGCCAUUAUUUCUCCCCUUCCAUCUCUCUGUCAUAAAUAUGUUCCAAGCAGAUUUCCUUCCUGCUUAUGCUAAAAAUGAUCCCCCCAACCCCCUCCUCUUCCUUGUCCAAUGCAAUAUUCCACUGUGUGCCAGAAGUUGUCCAUGCUAAUUUUCAUUCCUUGUGAGAGUAGUUAUGUUCCCAGCAUUCAAACCCAAAAGCUUAUGUCUGGAUACAGCUACUUAAUUUUAGAAAUUAGUUGGCUGUGGUAAAUAGAUGUGUACUGAAUGGACAAACAGCAUGGUGUUGAGGACACAAUAUUGCCAGUGAACUCAUGCAUUUGGCAUACACAUUUUUAUAUUUUUAACUUAGAAAUUCAAGCAGCUGGUUUUCAUUAUGUUACUAAGUUAGAAGUGCUGUUGUCAUGUCUUAUCUUUUGUUCCAGUUACCCCAACUUGAAAUCUGUGCAUGAGUUGAUCUACAAGCGUGGUUAUGGGAAGAUCAACAAGCAGCGCAUUGCUUUGACAGAUAACUCUCUCAUCAAAAGAUGCCUGGGUAAGUAAACUUAUGACAACUUGUACUGGAUUAUUUUAGUGUAUUGCUACAUCUGCAAGCUUAUUGCAUUCUUGUAUCGUCUGAGACAAGUAUUCUUUGCAGUCCUGCUGGCCAACUUGAGCAUAACAUUUUGCAUUUACAUAGAAAGUAUUUCACUGAUGUUCUCAGUUAGAACUUUUCUCUAACCGUGUGCCAGUAUUAUGCCAUUUUUGCAAGAUGGAGUAAUGAGGUAGUGGCUUGCUGAAGGCUGUCUAGUUUGUGAGCUGAGAUUUGAACCUAACACAUUGGUUUUUAUGUCUAGCCACAAUAUUACACUAUACCAGCUCUUGCCUAAUAAGAUUGUGGUUUAGCGUUAGAAGUCAACAUCAAAAUAGAAAAAAGUUAAUGUCAAACAAAUACAAGUAGACUCUUCAGAGUGCCACUAUCAAGUUAUACUAUUUGAGUGACGGACAUUUUGGCUUUACAGUAGUGACAAAAUGUGCCCAUUCUGUUGGACGUGCAGUGUAUAGUGCUAUACAUUUCCCAUGUCCCAGUUCCUUUUUGGUUGCGAUGCUCUCAUUUGGGUGACUUGGCAAAUUGCAUUCUCUCAGCUACCCACAGGGUGAUUGCAACAAUCAAUGAAUGGGAAGGCACUUUGUACUCUGAACCUUUUCUAACUCUGCUUUUAGGAAAACACGGCAUCAUUUGCAUGGAGGAUCUGAUCCAUGAAAUCUAUACUGUUGGCAAAAACUUCAAAGCAGCAAACAACUUUCUCUGGCCAUUCAAGCUGUCUUCUCCACGGGGUGGAAUGAAGAAGAAAACCAUUCACUUUGUAGAAGGUGGUGAUGCAGGAAACAGGGAAGACCAGAUUAACCGGCUCAUAAGGAGGAUGAAUUAAUGGUAUGCUGGGCUGGAGAACACUAAAAUACAAACUUGUAGUGAGGGUUUCCUUCACACAUCUUAAGUUUUUCAAGGGUGUGUACAGAAAAUAACCAUUGGUUUGUUUGUUUUUGUACACAUAUCCACCUUGCACAAGGGAUAUAGGCUUCUGGUUGUAGAAUAUUUUCUUCAUGUGGAAUCAUGGAGUCUUGGGAAUUCAUUGACAAAGUUAAGCAGAUCUUGUCAUGGUCAGUUCCCAGGUGGGAAACUGAGCAUCACAUGUUAAUUGUAUUGCUUCCUAAAGGAGCUCCUUAUACCUUUACGGAUUAGAGGUAGUGAAUCCACAGUCUUAGCUUGCAAAGGCACUUCUCUCUCAGCCACAAUACCAUAGCUAUGACAUCUUAAGGUUCCUUCCUGUUUUGUGCACACUAAGACUUUCUAGGGAUGACACCCUGCCAGAGGUGGAAGUGCCUUUGUAAAUCAAGUAAGAGGGCUUUCCUUGCCCUUCUCCUAGCUAGGAAAUGCAAUGGCAUCUCAGUCCAACAUUGCAAAGAUCAGCAGAAGAUGGGGGAGGAACUUGUGUAUGUCUUUCUGUGUGCAUGUGAGUAUACCGUGACCAUGCCUUCCACAGGAUAAAGUAGUAUAUUGCGAUACAACAAACUAAACUAUUUAGACCAAACUGCCCCAAUGUGCAGGAUUAGAAAUACAAUAAAGCUAUACAAUCUUUAACUUGAUUUUCUGGAACAUGUGACAUUUUAAAGUUCUUUAGGUGUGGGGUUUGUAGGGGGAAAUGUAAGCAAAUGUGGGUGUGGAUGGCAGUUUGUCUAGCUGUAGAAUUGCAGUUUUGUUACUUCCCUUUGUAUUCGGAACUCAUUGUUAUGUUAAGCCAUAUAUAAGCUGUUAUUCAGAGAACAAAUUAUGCCCCCAUUGCUCUAUUUGUGCUAUUUUAAAUCAUUUGGGUGGUUGGUUAAGAUGGACUUUAGACUGCACUUUAGGUUAUGCACUGCUUGUGUGUUUUAGAGUAAUAAUUAAUUACUGUAGUAUACCGAGCUGGCUAUAGGAAAUUACUAUUUUUAGUCACCACAGGCAGCCAGAUAAGUAGCUUUUUGGUUGAAAGUGAUUUUUGUGUGCACAUAAAGGCAAGUAAAACACUGAAAUGUGCGCUGUCAGCCCAACUUGAAAUUCUCAGAAAAAUAUUCACCAAUUGAAAUGUUUCUAAUCUUAGUUUGUCUUCUCUUCUAGGGGCCUAGCAGAUGACAUCUCUAUGCAUUGUUAAUAAAAAAAAUCUUCUGUGAAAUUGUGCUGUUCUUCCUUGCUCUGAAAUUGACUGGCAGUCAGAGGACUUCUGCAAUCCUUUUAAUUCUAGGUAGCCACAAACAGUAAGUUAUGUUACUGAGAAAUCUAAGCUAUGGUUAACCUACACAAGCCAGUCCUGAGUAGUUUGCUCAAAGAUCCUGUUAGCUGAAGGUCUGUCUGACAACAAGGUGUUAAUGACCUUGCCAGUCAGAAGACUAGGCAGAUGCUUGGUUCAGAAAAGGAGCUAUGAUGAUCACCCUUGUCCUCUUCAGAUAGAACAUGAAAUGGGCCCUGGGAAAGAGAGGUGCUGGUGGAAAUCCACACAGCAGCUUGUGGUGUCAGCACCUGCUAUUAAAAAAAUUGUUUAGAAAGCUGAUGUCAGUGUUAAUCUGCCUUUAGUCAGUUAUUUUAACAUUUCAAAUUACUGUUAAUUCAUUUUACUGAUAAAUUGUUUUUGUAAACUGCUUUGGGGUUUUGAUUUUUAUUUUUUUUAAGGAAACCUGUAAAGCAGUAUAUAAAUUUGAUGAAAUAAAUCACAGCCUAUCCUGGGGAUAGCAAAGGGCUAAGAAGUUAAGCAACCCAAACCCAGUAACAUGCUAACGGCAGGCAGGCUAACAGGAUAAGUCAAACAGCAUUUUCUUUCAAUAACAAAAGGACUCUUGCUUCGUUGGAGGUUUUUAGACAGAGGUUGGGUGUUUGUCAUUGACAUAAGCUUUAGCUGAGAUUCCUGCAUUAGAGGGGAUUGGACAAGAUGAUCCUCAGGGUUCCCUUCCAACUCUUGACUUUUCUAUCACUAUUUUGGGGGAGGGGAGGCUGACCUGCUACUGCAUCUACAGCAUUAGAUGCAGUUCAAAAACUUUACAAUGGCAAUUACAAACAUAAAAAAGCUUUAUUAAUCACAUAUUUCCCCUUAAUUGUGAGGUUUGUUGAUCAACGUAGUAUUUGUGAAAGAAUUAGAUAGACGUGAACAAGAAAAUAGUAACUUUACAUGAUUUCAAAGGAGCCUGUUCCUUUCCUGGUACGUUGUUUACAUCAUCUGUCUCUUGGCCUUCCUGAGUCUUCUUGUUCUCUCUUGAUGUAUGGUUUCACAUUCCAAUGCAGCCAGUUGAGAAAGCCGCUGGAGGAACUGAGGAGGAGCUCCAGUGACAGGGUCUGUGAAACGGUAACCUAGAAGAAAAAACGAAACUCCCCUUGAUUAGUAGUGUGUACAAAGUAUAAUGUGCCCCUCUUAUGGAAGUACUUAAAACAGAAUUAUACAAAAUACAUCAAAAACCAGUGAAAGGGAAUAAAAUCACCCCAUUCCUUAAAAUAGAAACAAGUUGUAAUGGUUAUCUGAGAGAUUGUCAAAGGCAGUAAAAAGGGGUACAUAGUGUUCAUAAACCUGGCCCAUUAUGCAUUAGUCUGACCAUGCUUUUUAGAGAGGCCUAUGAUUUUAUAUAGGUUCAUAAAAAAAUCAAUUUGAAGUACAGAUACCUAGGAUUUAAAAAAAACUAAACAGAUUCCCAUUUUUCUUGCUAUAUUAGCAUUUUAUGUUAUCCAUUUAGUUUAUUAUUUUCCUAAGCAAUCUUUUGAGCAAGGUAUGCAUCAAAGUAGAAAAAUUACAUUUGUGACCAUAAAAAUGCAAUAUGACCCAAUGUAUUUUCAUUCCAAAACAACUCUAGAAUAAAUCUAGAAUAACUAG